ACACACACACUUCCACCAUCAACCCCUCCUGCAUGCUGUUAAGAGCAAAGCUCGUAGAUCAGUGGCCUAAAAAUAUAAUUUGGGGUCUGGUGUGUGUUAUGGACAGACCAGACAUGUGCAGCGUGUGCUCGGAGUAAACAUCAGACAGAUUGUGUUGACGUAAUUCCAGCUUCCUGCUGAUGAACACACGGGUUUAAAAAGAUAAUGAAGUCUAACACUUCAAAACCGAGCCAAAUCAAGAACACACAAAAGCCAGCACAGUGUGACCCAGACAGUGAGUACAUCACCCCAGAGCUGUUUGAGCUGCAGAAACUCUUCUGGCAAGGAACAGGAGCAGCUUACACCCACGUCAAUGAGGUCUGGCCCAGAGUCUACAUCGGUGAUGAAAAGACAGCACUAGAGCGCCACAACUUGGAGAAGAUGGGGAUAACGCACAUCCUCAAUGCAGCUGAGGGGAAAUGGAACAAUGUCGCUACAGGUCCAGAUUAUUACCACAACAUGAACAUUUAUUACUAUGGAGUGGAGGCAGAAGACAUUCCAACUUUCAACCUUGCGCAGUUUUUCUACUCGGCAGCUCAAUUUAUUGACCAUGCUCUCAGCAAACCAGAGAGUAAACUGCUUGUACACUGCGUCAUGGGACGAAGUCGAUCAGCAACUUUAUUUUUGGCGUACUUGAUGAUCCACGAGAAUACGACUGUCGUCGACGCCAUCGAACUGGUGAAGCAGCAACGGUGCAUUUUACCCAACAGAGGAUUUCUAAAGCAACUCCGGGAGCUGGAUGUUCAGCUACAAGAGCAAAGGCACAAGAAACAAACCGAGAAUCCAGACAACACAGGCCGAGACUCGCAUCUGGAUUCAACAUGUGGCACAUAA